GACAGGGAAGUCGAAGGAUAAAACGAAUGUUUUAUCUAGAUUUAACCCUUUUAAAUGAUAUCGCGAAUAUUCCGUGGCGAAAAUGAAAAUGUCGCAGUCAAGAGAAAACGGCAAAUCGACACCCUGAAAAUUUUUAACGACAAUGUAGUAGAAUUAAGAGAAGAUGUGGAGUAUCAAGUACAAUUCAAUGCUAGGGAAAGGAGAAUGGCUAUUAUGGUUUCUUUGUCACCGGAGUUUCCGUUGGAAAAACCAGUGCUCAGGGUCUCUCCACCCAUAAAUCAUCCUUGGUGUAAUGAACAUAGUGAAAUCACAAGCGCACCAGGACUACUUAAUUUUACAGUGCACAGUGAUCUUGGUCGUGUUGUUCAAGCUAUCAUUAGAGAAUUUAGUAAAAAUCCUCCACAACUGUUAGAAGAUAUUUCUCCUGGAUCUGUGAAAUCUCAUAGAGAUUCACAAGAAAGAAAUUCUCCAUCGUAUUCCUUACAACAGUAUCCAGAAAUUCCACCAACAUCAUACAAUUCUUAUUAUACCACUCAAUAUCCACAGUAUUCAUCUGCCAGUGCAAAUACUUGUAUUUAUAAUUACAAUCAUACGAAUUCGAGUACCGCGUAUGUGACGGACAGUCAUACAAAAUUCGGUUCUCCCUCGCAACAUUCAGCAUAUAUUGCAUGUUCGAGAAGUGGUACAGAUGCAUCAGGUUACAAUUCAAAUCAACCUGGAACAUAUUUGAAUUCGCAUUACGUGAACGCGAAUUAUCAUCAACAAUCAUUGCCGAAUCAAACACAAACUAAGCUACGGCAGAGUGUAGUGUUUCCAGAAUUAAAUAAUUUGACUAAUGAGGAAUUGAGACAAUUAAAUGAAGAUAACGAUAAAUUAGAUGAAUUCCUGGAUAAACAUUCCGAUUUAAAAGACAUUAACACCGCUAUUGAUGAUGCAAUAGAUUGGGUCCAAAAAACUGCCGAGGCUAAUGUAGCCAAAGAACCCGAGCUUAAAGAAUUGCAGUCUGAUGUAGCAAAUAAAAUUCAGAUCGUUACUGCACUAAAAACUAGAUAUGAUCAACUAAUACAACGAUAUAACAAAUUAUCUGAAGCAUUUAUUCCGGAUCACAUAAAAGAAUGUUUAAGGAAAGCGGCAGAUGAAAGUCACGAGGAAAGUGAACGAAUUGCUGAGAAUUUCUUAAAUAGGAAAAUAGAUGUUGAACGUUUUCUCAGCACUUAUAUCGAAUGUAGAAAGUUGGGUCAAGCAAGAAGAACUAAAGAGGAAAAAUUAGCACAUCAGUUAAAUGAAUUGAAACGAGCGGGUUAUUAAAAUCAUGUAUAAUCUUAUCUUUUUCUAUGAAUUGAACAAACUGUAAAUAAUGCCUAGUUCAAUUAAACUGUGAAUUUGAAUAGCAUUCGUGUUUAUCAAGUAUCUAUGCGGUAAAAAUACUCGCUGGCAGAGAACAUUUUUAUAACGUAUUAUUACGUUGCAAAGUUACGUCAUUGCUUGUUAUAUAUACAUUAAAAUUAAUUAGAUUAUGCGGCAUUCUGGAUGAAAAAUUUAAGUUAUAUAAUAUGUGCGAAUUAAUUGAAAUUAUCUAUGGCAAGAAAUUAAUUAAAUAUAUGUAAAAAAAAAUAUUAAAAACCAAAGGCGCUGGUUCAAGCCGAUAAACGACUAUAUAUAAUUUGAAUUAAUUUAAAAUGUACUUAUUUUUUCAUACAGAAAGUGUUUUUUAAAUGAAUUUAAGUAUAUUGCUAUUGCAUUGUGACAUACUACAAUUGCAAUUAAUAUCACUCUGACAAGGAACUUUUUUUUACUAUGUAAAUAAAUGUGCGAGAAUAUGAUUAAAUCAAUUUUUCAAAGUUUGCUA